AGAGAGAGAGAGCAGACUCACCUGAACCCAGUCAUGUGUCCAUGAAGAGUGACCGGUCAAUGGACGAUCCACCACUCUUCAGAGAGGAGGACUGUUCUACUGAGCUGAGAGAACAGAAGGAGACGCCAGACACUACCAGGAGAAACAAGAAGCUCUUAUUCCAAGAGCUGGAGCACAAAGUCAUCUCUCUGGUAAAGAAUCAGCUGAAGAGGUUUGUGAAGCUACUGAGUCUGGAUUACCCAGCAUGCUCUGAGAGAGAGGUGGAGGAUGAGGAGGAUCAGAGUGUCAGAGAGGGAGCGCUGAAGAUCACACUGCACGUCCUGAGGAACAUGAACCAGACAGACCUCGCCAACACAUUACAGACCAAACUGGCUCCUUCCUGUCAUCAAAAGCUCAAAUACACACUGAAGGAAAAAUGUCAGAAAAUUAAUGAAGGAAUUUCAAAUCCUGGAACCUCAACACUUCUGAAUGAGAUCUACACAGAGCUGUACAUCACAGAGGGCGGGAGUGGAGAGGUCAAUAAUGAACAUGAGGUCAGACAGAUUGAAACAGCAUCCAGGAGACCAGCAACACAGGAGACGCCCAUCAAAUGCAAUGACAUCUUUAAAGGCAAACCCAUCAGAACUGUGCUGACUAAAGGAGUCGCUGGAAUUGGAAAAACAGUCUCUGUGCAGAAGUUCAUUCUGGACUGGGCUGAAGGAAAAGCCAAUCAGGAUGUUCUCUUCAUAUUUCCACUUCCUUUUAGAGAGCUUAAUUUGAUCAAAAAGAAACUUAGUCUGUUGGCUCUUCUUCAUCAGUUUUUCAAAGACACAAAAAAAAUAAAACCACGAGACUUUUAUGACUACAAAAUCAUGUUCAUCUUUGAUGGUCUGGAUGAAUGUCGACUUCCUCUACAUUUCCAGAACAAUCAGAGCGUAUUUGAUGUUACACAGUCAGCUUCAGUGGAUGCGCUGCUGACAAACCUCAUCAAGGGGAAUCUGCUUUCCUCUGCUCUCCUAUGGAUAACUACUCGACCAGCAGCAGCCAAUCAGAUCCCUCCUAACUGUAUUAACCAGGUAACAGAGGUACGAGGGUUCAGUGAUCCUCAGAAAGAGGAAUAUUUCAGGAAAAGGAUCAGUGAUCAGAGCCUUGCUGAAACAAUCAUUACACACAUGAAGUCCUCAAGAAGCCUCUACAUCAUGUGCCACAUCCCAGUCUUCUGCUGGAUUGCAGCCACUGUUCUAGAGAGGAUGUUGGGUGAAGCAGAGAGUGGAGAGAUCCCCAAGACUCUGACUCAAAUGUUCACACACUUCCUGAUCUUUCAGAUCAAACACAGCAGCCAAAAGUACCAAAGAAAAAGUGACAUUGAUCAUAAACAGACUAGAAAGAUUAUUCUGGCACUGGGAAACCUGGCUUUCCAACAGCUGGAAAAAGGGAACCUGAUCUUCUAUGAGGAAGACCUGAGAGAGUGUGGCAUUGAUGUCAGAGAAGUGUCAGUGUACUCAGGAGUGUGUACUCAGAUCUUCAGAGAGGAGUUUGGGCUGCACCUGGGGAAGGUUUUCAGCUUUGUGCAUCUGAGUGUUCAGGAGUUUCUGGCUGCUUUAUAUGCAUUUAUUUCUGUCAUCUCCAGCAACACAAACGUGCUGCCACAGCAAACCACUGGAUAUAUUGGUUUCUUUAAAAAGUUAACAAUGUCUGACUUCCUGAAGACUGCAGUGGACAAGGCCUUACAGAGUGAGAAUGGACACCUGGAUCUUUUCCUCCGCUUCCUUCUGGGUCUCUCACUGGAGUCCAAUCAGAAUCUCUUACGAGGCCUAAUGACACAGACAGGAAACAGCUCUCAGAGCAAAGAGGAAAUCGUCAAGUAUAUCAAGGAGAAGAUCAGGGAGAAUUCCUCUCCAGAGAAAACAAUCAGUCUGUUCCACUGUCUGAAUGAACUGAAUGAUCAGUCUCUAGUGCAGGAAGUUCAAACAUACAUAAACAGAGGAGGUUCCAGUGGUCUCAGUGGAGCUGAGCUCUCUCCUGCUCAGUGGUCAGCUGUGGCGUUUGUGAUGCUGAAUUCAGAAGAGGAGCUGGAUGAGUUUGAUCUGAGUAAAUUUGACAGAUCAGAGGACUGUCUUCUGAGGCUGCUGCCAGUGGCCAAAGCAUCCAGAAAAGUUGUUCUGUCUAAGUGCAGUAUUACAGAGGAAGGCUGUGCUGCUCUGGUUUCAGCUCUGAAAUCAAACCCCUUACACGUGAGAGAAUUGAAUUUGAGCUACAGUAAUCCAGGAGAGUCAGGAGUGAAGCUGCUCUCUGAUCUACUGAAGGAUCCACACUGUAAACUGGAGAAUCUACAGCUGGAAUUCUGCAGUAUUACAGAAGAAGACUGUGCGGCUCUUGUUUCAGCUCUGAAAUCAAACCCCUCACACCUGAGAGAGCUGAAUCUGAACUACAAUAAACCAGGAGAGUUAGGAGUGAAGCUGCUCUCUGAUCUACUGAAGGAUCCACACUGUAAACUGGAGAAUCUACAUCUGGAAUUCUGCAGUAUUACAGAAGAAGACUGUGCUGCUCUUGUUUCAGCUCUGAAAUCAAACCCCUCACACCUGAGAGAGCUGAAUCUGAACUACAAUAAACCAGGAGAGUCAGGAGUGAAGCUGCUCUCUGAUCUACUGAAGGAUCCCCAAUGUAAACUGGAGAAACUACAGCUGGAACUCUGCGGUAUUACGGAUGGAGGCUGUGCUGCUCUAAUUUCCGCUCUGAAAUCAAACUCCUCACACCUGAGGGAGCUGAAUCUGAACUACAAUAAACAAGGAGAGUCAGGAGUGAAGCUGCUGUCUGAUCUACAGAAUGAUCCACACUGUAAACUGGAGAAACUACAGAUCUGCGACUCUUCACAAUUAAGUGAGCUGAAUCUAAGCAACAAAAAAAUUGGAGACUCAGGAGUGAAGCUGCUCUCUGAUCUACUGGAGGAUCCACACUAUAAGAUGAAGAAACUAGAGUGA